UGCCAGCCGAGUCUGUAAGUCUCCUUACUACUUGUAAUCGUUUUGCCUGCAUCCACUCGCCGAAGCACCAAGCAUCGAGUCAUGUGCAUCCGCGUGUGGAGUGGGAGUGGGAAUCAAGCAUCGGGCUCCGGGAUACGCGUCGGACGGGACGACUCCGAAGAGAAGAGGUGCGCAAUUGAAACGGAAGCUUGUGCGUUCGAAAGGACGAUGGGUGACAAAUGCCUCACUGGCACUCACCGGAGUCGUGCCAUGGAGCCUUGGAAUCGUUGCCAGGCGUCGCUGCCACUUUGCUACGUUCAUGCUUGCAAGUGCCUCCGUCAUGGAGUACUGGAGAGUGCGAGGAGGCACGGCGGGCCUGCUCAUCGAAACACGGCACACGGUACGUCUAGUUUGCUCAAGCUUCUCGCGUGGGUGUACACUAGUGGAGUUUCAAGCUCUCAACUCUGGCUCAAAGUUGUCGCGCGAGCGAGCACUCGCACAAUUGGGGCAGCGGAGACACGCCGAACUCGGCGGCCCACGCGACACGCGACUAGCUCAUUGUUCAAACCCAUGUCCAAGCCACUCGGCAGCCCCCACCCGGCCGACCCGCUCCGACAACUCUAACCCCUUCACUUACAUCCUAAUCUGCCGUCAUGAGCGUUUCUCCCACGUCUCCACGGACACAAGGGCGGAGGGCCGAAACCGAGGGCCGAAACCGGGGAGCCAAGAACUCAGUCCGAGUCUAGACCAUCUUGCUCCGUCGCAGGACUUGCAUCAGGCCAAACGCAGAUCAUUCGAGUACAUGCUGAUGCACCUGAUGUGAUCGUCGAUGAAACGCCCGUCUCCUCGUUCUACUCCCGCCAAAGACCUCAGCCGAUGCCGACAACAUGCCGAGACACUUACGUACGGUCCCACCGCCAGAGGGAGCGAUCAGUCCCCGUCGAAUUCUCAAGAUGUUGCAGACCAGUCAGAAGUCUGUGUGGUGAGUCACCGCGCGCUGAUCUCGUCGCCACCAUGCCAUCAGGCCGCGUUUCAAGCGUUUCAGGUGUGCCCGCUGACUUUUCAUGCCGGCAGCAUGCGGCACACGGCACCCACCCCGUUACAUGUCAUGUCGGGUCCCGUCUUCUAGAGUGCAUGCCAG